CCCUCCACCACCAGGCAAGACCACAUAUUUCUGCCUUUUCACAGUUACACCAUGAAAAACUACCUCCCUGAACUUUCAUCGUAAUACAUGACUUUUGGAAAUAUAUGAAUAUUUUGUAUUACCUCUUUGUUCGGUGUCUGAGACUACAGAUGUACUUGGACCUGAAAUUGUGAAGGAGUGAAAAGGCUGGCAUUCACAGAAAGACGAGAAAGCCAAAAGAUUGCACAUCAACGGGAAACACACCGGAGGUGCCUUCAGAACAGAAAGGAACGACAGAACAAAGGACAAGCGGACAAACAUGUCCGAUAUCUCCAACCCUCCUGCGCCCCCUUUGGCUACUUCUGCUGUGACUUUUGACCCCAAAUCUGAAACAGUGACUUUACCAGGUGGCGUGGUAUCGGUAGCAGGUGUCACAGUAGUAACAGGGGGUGCUGAACUGUCAUGGGGUUCAUGCCUGUUGGCCUUUGGGGUGUGGGGCACUCUGAUUGGUGUGAGUGUGAUUGCAGUGGGACUAUGGGAUGUAUCCACACGCGUCAAGGGUGGGACCUCACAUCUGCUGUCCCUCGGAUUGGUGGUGCUGGCUAUAAGCUCAGGUGUGGUGGUUGCAGUCAUUGGCUGCCGGUUCCUGAGGAGGAAGGGAAUGAUUGGUCGAAGAGAGGCAGAUGAUGGUAAAGUGGUGCUGGUGGGCGAGAGGGGCAGAAGCUGUGUGAAGACAGUGACCGUGUAGGAGGGAGAUAAGGAAAAGAGAUUUAAAGGAGGGUAAGGUCGGAUAGGAUAGGAAAAUUAACAUUGAAAAGGUAGCGCUUGUAUGAAAUUGCAAUGUGCAACACCCCUCAGGAUUCUACUAUUACAUUGUAUUAUACUGGUCUGGACAUUGGUCGAUUGUGUAUCAUAUUGUACUGAACUAUGCUGGAAUGUAUUUUGCCUGUAUUAAGACAUGUGCCAGAGAUGCAUGAUACAUACAAGUAUAUAUAAUGCAUACAUUUACAACAAUAUAAUGUUUUACAUUGAUGAAUCAUAAUAAAUCAUAUGGAAAAGUAAAAUAAAGA